ACGCGUGUCACAUACCAUCGAAGAAGAAGCGCACGUAGUAGUAAUAAUAGUCAUUAUUAUUAUUCUAGUUUUUAUUCACUUUUGUCAUGUAAUAAUGUUUCGUGUUGUGUUCAGAGUGCUGGGGGCGUUAAAACCACACAGAAUUAGUUAUAAAGGUGUUUGUGAGACUCAUAAUAAACGAGGGUUGUGUGAAGGAGGUGAGGAAGGUUUCACUGGAGAACAUGAAGGUUUCACUGGAGAACAUGAAGGUUUCACUGGAGAACAUGAAGGUUUCACUGGAGAACAUGAAGGUUUCACUGGAGAACAUGAAGGUUUCACUGGAGAACAUAGGGUUGGGAAACCCAGCUGGAUGUGCGGUUCUUCUGCAGCAGUUCUAUCUACAGUACGCCCUAAUGUUCAGGUUCUACAGAACUUCAUCAGUGAAGAAGAGGAAGCGGAUUUCCUCCAAGAACUCGACCCCGGACUGAAGAGAAAACGAUAUGAGUUUGAUCACUGGGAUGAUGCGAUUCACGGGUUCAGAGAGACGGAGCGGCUGCAGUGGGGUGGAACGUGUGGCCGUGUGGUGGAGCGGCUCCAAGUGGCAGCGUUUCCUGAGGGAAGUCCUUUACUGGGACCAGUUCACGUUCUGGAUCUGGACAAGGCCGGGUUCAUCAAACCUCAUGUAGAUAGUGUGAAGUUUUGUGGAAGCACCAUCGCCGGUCUGUGUCUGCUGUCUGACAGCGUCAUGCGUCUGGUCAGUGUAGAGAACUCUGCAGACUGGGUGUGUCUGCUUUUACAGCGCCAUUCUCUCUAUAUACUGAGAAAUGAAGCUCGGUUUAAAUUUACUCAUGAAAUCCUGAAGGAUGAGGAAUCAUUUUUCUCAGGACGGAGAAUUCCUCGGCAGCGACGCAUCUCAGUUAUUUGCCGGAAUCUUCCACUUUAGUGAAUCCUUUAAUGUCAGACUGUGAAACUCUUCGACUGUCUGAUCUGUACACGUUUAAAUAAACUCUGCUAAACAAA